AUGUCAUCUCGGCACAAUUCUUCUCGCAGCCCACAGGUGGCAUGGGACACAUACCACCGACAGGUAUUGUGCUGCCUUUACAGGUUCUUUGAUUGCAGUCACGAUCAGCUCUCGGUCAUCUUCUCAACCAUUUUCCGGAGCCACCUGGUGCAUUGUGGGUUUGGAAGUUCCGAUGUCCCAUACAGCACCUUGAAUGCCCAGUGGUCCUGGCUCAGGGCACAGCGACGUCCUGUCUGGCACCAUGUCCAUGUCGCCACUGAGUUUCGUACGGACGGAGAAUGGAAAGAGAUUAUCCAUCGCAUUCGCCUCACGGCGUUUGACUUGGCGAUUCUCCUCCGUGAGAAGCGCAUCGACACAAUUGUCAUCCCCGAUGGCGAUUUUGAUGUCAAUCGAAACCCGUGCGAGUAUCUCACCUCCGUCUUGCUGACAAGCCCUGCUCGGCCGCAAACAUCUGACAAUGCUGAUACCUCUGUGGAUGCAUAUGUUGAUUCUCCGAUGGCCUCAGUCGAUACCUCUUCCCCUCGUACUCCACCAUCUACAACGACAUACCUUCCCGAGACACCUAUCACUGAUAUCACCCAGCCUGAUCUCGAAAGCUACAUGCAAUAUCCGGUGUUUCGGGACGACACACCUUCUAGGCCUACCACUCAACCACCGGUAUUGACCCGUUCCCCUUAUGCGGCAUCGCUCUCAGUCCAUAACUCGACUGAUGACCUCGAGCCUUUAGUCACUGCUCAUGGAAAGAUCUGCUUCUGGUGCGAACGAGAAGGCCUCCACUCGAGCGGCGAUACAUCCAAGGAGGCCAUGAUCGGCGUUGAUGAAAACCUAGACAUUCACACCCAGUCAUCGAAUGAUCUAUCGUCGCUAGAACAUCCGGUACUUGACAUUGGACAUAUGCCUUCUCCCGAUGCCCAAAGUCUUGUCUUGCCUCAGCCCGACAACCAUAUCGGCUUACCAGGGCUAUGUGGUGUAGGUGAUGUCCCACCACCUCCCCCACUUCUCUAUCGUUGGUUCAACGACAACUCACAAGGCACCAAUACGGGGACUCUCCUUGUCGCGGGAUGGUUUACUACCACCUAUCCCGACGUCAUUUCCCCAGCGGAAUUAUCAGAAAGAGAGUUUCUUCAUGUCUUCGCAGCUCACGUAACCAGAAUACGCGUUCCGACGCCUUUCAUUUCGGCUUUUGCGCGACCAUUGACCCCAGUUCACCGAGCCCUUAGAAAUAGGGAGAGUGCAAAAAUCUCGAUUAUUGAUCCGCGCAAGCUGCUGACUCCUGUGUUCAAUGCACGGCCGUUGGCACAAAUCACCGGCACGACUGUUGCUCGGUGGAAGGGGUACGGUGAAUUUGUGAUCUGGGGAUGUGUACCCAGCGAAGCAAUUGUCUGCACCUUUGACAUUGCCACUCUGGAAGAUGUUACCUCGUGGCAUGCUAGAAUACGGGAUUUCCUUCAACUUUCUCUGAUAGAGACGCAAGAGACAUGUCAUCGCGGUGUGCGACGAGACUUGCGAACCAACUUGAACGACAUCAGCUACGAUGGAAGUCAAGAUAUGCUUAUGCGACUGGCUCAUCUGCUCGGGGUGCCAGAGGAGUAUGAGGAGGCCUUUGCCACGGACAUACAUCAAGCGUGGACACUGGAUCUUGGCGAGACCUGGCGAGACCCGGAGAUUCUACAUGAUUCUGCAAGCUCGCCAGUACCCGCGAGACUCGCGCGGCACCAAUCUGAGUCGUCAAUUUCCUAUAUGCCGCCUAAGAGUGACGGUGGAUCCUGCUCCGAAGAAACCUCAGAGGAGGAGGAUGAUAUGUCCCAAUCUCCAGAAGCUCCCUGCCCGCGACGAGACACGCCUAGCCCUGAGUAUUCAGUGGCUAAUGAUACAGAUGACUCGAUCGAAGAGUUCCAUCGUGCUGGUCGUCGCUCUGGGCCCGCAGAAGUCGAGAUGGCAGAGGUCGCCAUACCGACGCCACCAAGCACGAGUCGGUACUUUGGUCGCGCAGCCAAUGCCUAUCCCCGGGUACAGCCAAUCAACUUUGGUGCAUUAAACCUGUCAACCGCAUUGAACGAUGAAGAAUUUCUCUCUGAAAAUGAGUGGCCUUGCGACAUUGAGACCAUUGCGGGUAAAGAAACACCGACAAAGUCUCGGUAUUUCAAAAGAACCAGCAAUGAUGGGGGCAAUGAGAAGUCGACCGGGCAUCGCUAG